ACAAAAUCUGGAUUUUUCUUGUUUCUACUACUAUUAUUACAAAAUCUGUUAGUUAUGGCGUCAAAAUUCCUUCCUUCAAGACUUCCUUUGCCGCUCAACUCUCCACGUUUCCACCGUCUUCCUUCAACCAACAAGACAAUGAUCCCAAUCGCCUCUUUCUCUUCUUCUUCCCCUUCAGCGUCAUCUGUAGACAACUCCGUUAGAAAACAAGAAGAAGAAGAAGAAGAGCUGCAAGAAAAGGUAGCUCAAGCCCUCACAUACCAUCAUCAAACGAAGCAUGGUUUCGCCAACUAUGCCAGAGGACCGCGUGGCCUUGACUGGGCCAAUCAACCUAACCCUUUCCGUCGUUACAUCUCUGCUCCUCUGCUUCCUCUCCUCCAUUUUCCCACUGACAGACCAAUAGUUGCGGUGACAGAUGAUGCUCCUUUGUAUUCUUCUCUCUUCCAUUCUCUUCCUCCUCCUAAACCCAUCUCCCAUUCCACUAUCUCCCAACUCUUUUUCGAUUCUUUGGCUCUUUCAGCUUGGAAAACCACCGGGUUUUCCACUUGGUCCCUUCGGGUUAACCCCAGCAGCGGCAAUUUGCAUCCCACCGAGGCUUACCUUAUUGCCCCUCCUAUUCAAUCAAUCUCUGAUUCUCCUUUUGUAGCCCAUUAUGCUCCCAAAGAACACUCUCUCGAGCUUCGUGCCACAAUGCCAUCUGGGUUUUUCCCCAACUUCUUUCCUGAUAAUUCAUUUCUCAUUGGAAUUUCUUCUAUUUUCUGGCGAGAAGCAUGGAAAUACGGAGAACGUGCGUUUCGUUACUGCAAUCACGAUGUGGGUCAUGCAAUUGGAGCUAUUGCAAUGGCUGCCGCAACGCUUGGCUGGGACGUCAAGCUUCUAGAUGGGUUUGGAUACAAGGAUUUGGAGAAGCUAAUGGGGCUUCAGUUUUUCCCGGACUUUAAAAUCCCAUCAAGACCAAUCAAAGGCAAGUUUCCUGAGAUUGAAUUUGAGCACCCAGAUUGUUUGAUUCUUGUUUUUCCUAACGGGAGUAAUCCAUUCGAUGUGAACUAUAAGGAAUUGAGUUCUGUAGUAAAUGAGUUUACGAAUUUGGAGUGGAAAGGGAAGUCAAAUUCGCUUAGCAAGGAACAUAUUUGUUGGGACAUAAUUUAUAGGACAGCCGAGGCAGUUAAAAAGCCAUUGACGAUUCAAAAGGGUCAAUUUCUAGUUGAUCAAUUUAAAAGCAGUGGGAUCUGUAGUGAAAACUCUUACAAAGGUUUUACAAUUAGGGAAGUUGUUAGGAAAAGGAGGAGUGCAGUUGAUAUGGAUGGAGUAACCGUAAUGGAUAGGCAAACAUUUUAUCAGAUUUUGUUGCACUGCCUUCCAUCAGGGAAGGGGGAGAAGCAUAGAAGACAAUCAACAUUGCCAUUUCGGGCUCUCUCUUGGGAUGCGGAGGUUCAUGCUGCUAUAUUUGUUCAUAGAGUGAUAGGUUUGCCCAAGGGAUUGUAUUUCUUGGUAAGAAAUGAGGAUCAUUUAGAGGAGCUUAAGAUGGCUACCAGAUCUGAGUUUAAGUGGGAGAAACCAGAGGGAUGCCCUGAUGAUCUACCUUUGUAUGAACUGGCAAGUAGUGACUGUCGAGAGCUUGCCAAGCGCCUUUCAUGCCAUCAGGAUAUCGCUAGCGAUGGCUGCUUCAGCCUUGGAAUGGUGGCUCAUUUUGAACCUACCUUAAGUGAGAAGGGUGCCUGGAUGUAUCCUAGAUUGUUUUGGGAAACUGGAGUUCUUGGCCAGGUGCUGUACCUUGAAGCGCAUGCUGUUGGCAUAUCUGCAACUGGAAUUGGUUGCUUCUUUGAUGAUCCUGUGCAUGAACUUCUUGGGUUUAGAGGAUCAAAGUUUCAGAGUCUGUAUCAUUUCACUGUUGGAGGCCCUGUGUUGGACAAGCGGAUUAUGAGCCUGCCAGCAUAUCCGGGGCCUAGCAUUGAUGCAUGAUUGCAGGGUCAUUUUUAUGUUCAAAAUUAGAAGCUGUUGUUUAGCAGAGUUAUCAUCAGUGGAGCCCAUACUAUGAAAGGCCUAUCAAAUGAUUGUUUUCAAUUUGGUAGGUUUAUAUAGAAGUUUGUGGCAAUUGUUAACUGUUUUCAAUCUGCUGUAUACUGUAAAGUUUACAUUCUUUACUAAUCAAUGUAAAUUAAAAUUAAUGCAUAUAGGUUUUAUGAUAAGAUAAUUUAGUAUAGAGCGAAUGAUCUCAUAUUUUCAUUUUACAACAGUAUCUUAAACUGUUUUGUUGAGCAGUUGUAGAAUUUAAUAUUCAACAUUAGAAGCUUUUCUAUGGAACUGUGUCCUUCUUUAUUUUUUAUUCAGAGGAAUGUAAUCAAGAUUGUUUAAGCUUU